AUGGAAGAAGUAAACCAGUCUGUGGUGUCUGAAUUCAUUAUUCUUGGGCUUUGUGAUCCAUGGGAGCUCCAGGCCUUCUUCCUAGUGAUAUUUUCUUCACUUUAUUUGAUCACCAUUUUAGGCAACAUCUUCACUGCGAUCAUAAUCAUUACUGACCUCCAUCUCCACUCCCCUAUGUACUUCCUGUUAGCCAAUCUCUCGUUCAUCGACUUCUGCCUUUCCUCAGUCACUACCCCUAAAAUGAUCACAGACUUUCUGAAGGAAAAUAAGACCAUCUCCUUUGGAGGGUGCAUGUGUCAAAUAUUCUUUGGACACUUCUUUGGAGGGGGUGAGAUGGUGCUGCUUGUGUCAAUGGCCUAUGACCGUUAUGUGGCCAUCUGCAAGCCUCUCCAUUACUCCAGCAUCAUGAACAGACAUAUGUGCGUUGGGUUAGUGAUGACAUCGUGGAUCAUCGGGUUUGUGCAUUCAAUAAGCCAACUAGUUGUGAUUAUAAAGCUGCCCUUCUGUGGAGAGAAGCUACCCAGAGAACUGGAUAGCUUUUUCUGUGAUAUUCCAUUGGUGAUCAAGCUCGCCUGCAUGGACACCUAUAUUCUAGAAAUGUUGAUAAAUGCUGACAGUGGUUCACUGGCAACCAUCUGCUUCAUUCUGUUGCUGAUCUCUUACUCUCAUAUUUUGUUUACUGUCUGCCUUCACUCUAAUGACGGAGCAUCCAAGGCUCUCUCUACCUGCACUGCCCAUAUCACAGUAGUGGUGUUAUUCUUUGGACCCUGCAUCUUCAUCUAUUUGUGGCCAGUCAGCAUCACCUGGGUGGACAAGUUUCUUGCUGUAUUUUAUGCAGUCAUCACACCUCUCCUGAAUCCAGCCAUUUACACCCUAAGAAACAAAGAGAUUAAAAAUGCCAUGAAGAGACUACUAUGUUAG